CCUAGCUGGGCGGGGCUCGCGGGCGGCACAGGUGGCCGUGGGAGCCACGUGGGCCGCGCCGUGGCCAGUGGGGCCUCCAGGGGCGAGAGCAGAGCGCCGCGCGGUCGCCCGCGGUACAGGUGAAGGGACCCGCGGGCCCACCUGCGUCCGCCCCACGACGUGCGCUCUUCCCAGAGGUUUUGGCGCCCAGGACGUGAAUACGGUGCUCGAGGUGAGAGCCAGGCCCGUGGAGCCGCGGCCGAGGCCCAGCGAACACGGCGCCGGGAGCCGCGUCCCACGCGCUUCGCGGACGGCGCUCCCCUCCCGCCGGCCGGGGAAGCGGGGGAGGACGGAGUUCACCGACGUGGCGGGUUUGGAGGCGGCACGGAGAGGGGAGUCCUCCGGUAAACCGUGCGGCUCUCCUUUAAAAGGCGGCUUUCCCAGGAUGGGAAGCCCACCGGCUGAAACCCGUGCCCUCGCCCACCGCCACCCUUAAAGCGGGGCCCGGACGUCGCCUCUGAAUGACCGCGGAGGAGCCGCGGGUGACGUCAUCGCGGCGCGACGACAGGAAGUGAGCUUCCAGCCCCGUGUGUGGCGGCGCCGCGACCCGCGGUCCCACCUUCGGCUGCGAUGGAUGGCGCCUGCGAGUCGCCCGCGGAAAAAGGCGGAGAGACAGGGGCGUCCGACGAGGCGGCCGCAGCCCCCGCGGGCCCUGGGGCCACCGACGCGGACGGACACCCGGAGGAAACGGACGCGGACGGAGACGGGGACUUGAAAGAAGCCGCGGCUGAGGAAGGCGAGGAGAUAUUGAAAAUAAGCACCCAACUCAAGAAACCAGAAGUUCAAGAACAAAAUAAAUCAGAAGAACGUAGGAACAAGAAGUUGAUAAGAAUAAAACUCAAGAGUCAGGACAUCUCAGAUUUAACAGCAGUUGAAACGGAAGACUUAUCAUUACUCACUCCUGCAGCCAAAAAACUAAAAAUAGACACCAAAGAAAAGAAAGAGAAGAAGCAGAAAGUGGAUGAAGAUGAGAUUCAGAAGAUGCAAAUCCUGGUUUCUUCUUUUUCUGAGGAGCAGCUGAACCGUUAUGAAAUGUACCGCCGCUCAGCUUUCCCUAAGGCGGCCAUUAAAAGGCUGAUCCAGUCCAUCACUGGCACCUCCGUGUCUCAGAAUGUGGUUAUUGCUAUGUCGGGUAUUUCCAAGGUUUUCGUCGGGGAAGUGGUAGAAGAAGGUGAGUGGUGUUGGUCACUGGAUGUGUGUGAGAAGUGGGGAGAAAUGCCACCACUGCAACCCAAACAUAUGAGGGAGGCUGUUCGGAGGUUAAAGUCAAAGGGGCAAAUACCCAACUCGAAGCACAAAAAAAUCAUCUUCUUCUAAGACCGAAGCCGAGAAAGGCCUGGCCCUGGAGGAUGUGCUGGUUCCAGACCUGGGAUUGCAGGCUGCGCACUGGUGCUUUGGGAUCUGCCAUGUUUCAAUGUCUUUCUCAUCACUGUUCAUCACACCUAGAAAGCAUGCGGCCUGUUGCAUACAUGCCUUGACUGAAUAUUGGGACCUUUGGGCACUUUGAGGCGUUUAAUUGUCUGGCUAGUUGGAAGCAGAAAGGCACGUGGGCAUGGCUUCUCUGGACGAGCUGCUUUCAGAGAGAAAACCUCUCCAGGAGAACUUGGAUAGUUUCGCACUGGCCCUGAAGUUGCUGUCUUAGGUUUCCUUACCUCUGGUUUUAAGUAGACGAAACAACCAGGAACUUGACUUAGUGCUACUCCAAACGAACGGCGUGGUGGUGCCGGAGAGGGGAAUAGUUUCUCCUGUAAACAUUAAAGAAUCUCCCAUGGGUUUUGGUGAGUGAUCAUUAAACUGUUUCCCAACUUGU